AAGUUGUGAAAAUAGAUUUAACUGAGAAAGCGACAACGGUGUGUCGACUGGAGCCGUGGAAAACAGAGUUUGAGGUGUUCUCGAAAUUCGGGGAACUUGUUUCCAAGUCCCGAAAUGGCUGCAGGAAUGUGCGUGUAUUUGAUGAUAAGGAGGAAGAAAACUACAAUAUUUACAGAUGCCAAAGAGACCACUAACGUUUCUGAGCUGAAGAAAAUCAUUCAAGGAAUAACUAAGGUCGCACCGGAUAGCCAACGUCUGUUCAAAGAUGAUCGAGUCAUGGAAGACAAUCGUUGUUUGGCAGAUUACGGAUUAAUUUCAACAACUGCUAGAGCCCAAAGUCCUGCAUCUCUCAGCUUGGCCUAUCGAUUGGAAAAUGGAGAUUUUGAAGCCGUCGACAUAACACCUCUCUCUUCUCCGCCCGAGCUACCAGAUGUGAUGAAAGGACAAGAGGCAACCCAUGAUACUUCAGCCAAUUAGGGGGAACAUUUGUUUUGAUAGCCAUCAACUGAGCGUUAAGAAAUAAAAACUUGUCUACCUUUGUAACAUCUUAAUGUCAAGCCCACCCCGAAUUUCUUUUACACCUUCCUAAUACUACCAAAAUUCCUCAUUUUCCUCAUGAAACUAAGAAAGAAAC